UUGUAUAACUCUUUUCCUGUUUGUCUAGCUUCCAAUCUAUCUCCUUCCAGUGAAUCUAGGGCCAUUAUCUCUCUACCUAAGUUAUCAGCUUCUCUCAACCCUGCAGAAAAUUCACACCCUGAACUUUCAGCCUCCGAAACUCAUCUUCAGUACGUCCAACCGUCGGUCUCCACCGGUCAUUAUCCCUCUGGCUCCUCAAUACAGCAGAUUCACUUCGAUUCUUUAUCAACAGGCUUCCUCAACGACAACUCACUGCUGUACUCUAGCCAGGAAGGUCAUUCCAAACCGCAAUCAAUUUCGCCACAUAAUAGAGAACAAUCUCUACCUCAGUUUCACCAGACUCCGAAUCAUCACCUGCAACAUAAUCAUCCAAGCCAGCAUUACAACCCAACACCUCCGAUUUUGGCUCGAGAGGUAGCUCUGACUGGUCAGACUACGGAGGCAUUCAAUCACCAUUUGGCAACUCAUCCUCCUACUUUAUCUCCGAAUAAUGUUAACAGUCACCAUCUGAAUCAAAGUCGCAAUAGCCUUAGCUACACGAUUCAAGGUGACAAUGGGAAUCCAGUCUCAUAUAUUGACGAAUCGAUGCACCUUUCGCCUCACCGGUUAGAACCCUUUUUAGGAAGCUCUUCUCAGUAUCCCAACUCAUUCUUAGCCAACCAUAUUAUUAACAAAUUUGUCCUAAGCACCUAA